AUGUCAAAGCAAUUUUAUUUUUUUAAAAAAGUGGUGCAAGGAGGAUUGGGAAAUGAUACAUUUUUGACAUUAUGGGAACUUCUAGAGUCCUGGACUUCUCAAAAUAAUUGGAUGGCAAUCUUCUUUAUAAUUUUCCUGGGAAUUAUUUUUGAGAUCAUACUCUUAAAGAUUUGUAUGUCCUUUCAGAAGAAGCCUGAACUUCCUUCAGAAAAGGAUAAGUCAGAUAUCCACAAGAUAAUUGGUCAGCUCUUUCAUCCUCAGAAGCAAGGAGACACCUACACCAGCUUAGGGGGUGUUGAGAAUGUCUUCAUGGAGAAGGUUAUACUGGAGCUGAACUUUAAAAGAGUUGAUAACUAUUCAGAGAGAACAAAUGCUUCAUCAGUUACAUCUGAAGGAAAUGAAGAGUACUUUGAAGACAGCGUUCCACCACCAGAUGAACCGCCACGGGAAAGUACCAGUGAAAGUAGAUUUCGAGUAAGUCACUUUAGUGAAAGUCAUAUGACAUCUUCAAAUGGGACUAGCUCAUCAUCUUUGUCACUAUUUCAUUCGGAAGUACAGGAAAUUUUGCUAAGGUGUAGCGGGUGCCCUAAAAAUGAACGCGAAACAAUACAGUUUUCAUCAAAGAAAUUAUUUUCCAUAAUGAAAAGUAACAGAAGUAAAAACAGGACAUUUUCUUCUGACUUUAACUUUUCAAGAACUUCGAGAAUCAUUAUAGAAAGUGAAGAUCUAGAUGUGGCACCAUGCCCUCCUGCCCAUCUGUUUCUUUCUAGAGACCAAGUCCGACUUCUGGAAGAAAAUGUGAGAAAUCAAAGCCCUCCAAAAUCCAAAGCCACAUUAGAGAAUAAAACUACCACCUCUCUGUCCUCAACCUCUCUAGAGCCCUUGAUUCAGAAUCAACAUUCUGCUACAAAGGACCUUUCUCCCCAAGCACAAGCUUCUUUUUCCAGACAAAAGGCUACUCAGAAUCAAGGAUUUUCCAAAGCCCAAUUUAUUGGUCAAGCCCACCAAUUUUUUAACAAUCAGUCAUCAGUCAACAGGCAGCCUGAGAGUGAGGCCAGAUACUUUGCUCUGCCUCAAGAUUUGGUGAGGGAAUCACUUACUAGCCGCACCCAAGACUCCUUCCAGACUGCAGACAUGGAUGGGUGCCAACAUCUGGUCCAAAUUCCACAGUCUGCUGAGACUCAAGAUCCAGUCAAGGGCCUAGGGUCUGAUACAAAACACUCAGAUGAGGCCCAGGAUUCUGUCUGGUCUGAAGAGUCAAACAAGAUUAAAUAUUCUAUCCCAGGGCAAGACACUAUUUUAAAGGAUGCCAGACAUCUGGUUUUACCUCCGAGCCCAAAUUCAGUUGAUAAAGUGAUGCCACAACAAGAGCAUGUUAAGAGUGAAGGCCAGAAACAAAUUGCUUCCUCAACAUUAAACGAGUCUCCUUCAUAUGGCUCACUGCCUCUCAUGACCAGGCAGAAAAAGAGAAGAAAAACCUCACACAGUAACAGUGAACUUAGCCUCAAAGAUCUGCCUCAGAAGUCAAAGAAAACACCAGUUUCACAGAUACUUCAGACCACAGCAUGUCACACUUCAGAGUGCAGCCAGUUAAGAUAUGAGCAUAAAACUAAGAAGAAAGAGUUACAUCAAAGAAAAGGUGUAUCAGGUAUAGCAUUGCAUUUUACGUAUGCUUUCAAGCUUGUCCCUCCUUAUAUUAGGAAGUAUUACAGGAAAAGACAAGCAAAAUUCACUCCACGUUUAACAGAAUGUAGAGAUUUUCUGCCGAAACCAGAUCAGUCACUAUGUGCAGAGAAAGUUAAUUACAUAGGGUCUGUUGAGGAAGAAGGAACCAGGGGGAGUACUGAAAAUGAAGAGCAGCAUGGCAGAAACAAUAAAGAACCAGAAAACAUUUCACAAGAAAUUCCAUCUCAGCUAGAACAGUCUUUUAUGGUCAAUACUUAUCAACAGAAAGUACCUUGUCCUUCAUUAAUAGAAACAAACAGGAUGAAUAAAGAGUCUCUUGAAGAUCCAAAGGAAAUGGAUAUUGGAGAGUCUUGUGCCCCAAAUAGCGAAACAACAUCUGACCUGCCUGUAGCAAGGCAAGAGACAUCUUUAGAAGAAGCCAUAUCAGAACCUUUGCAGAAAUGUGUUUCCUCUCCUCAGAUGGAGUCAGACAGAAACAUGAAAACAUGGGAGGACCUACGAGGUUCAGAGAAUUCAAAUCCUGCCCUUUCAAGCAGAGAGGAGUUACCGAUGAAUAUAUCAGAAAUGCAAAGAUGCUUCUCACAGGGGAAUACAGACAGAAAAGAUCUUCUUGAAAUUGUUCUGGAGUCUUCUGACGUCAACUUGUUCAUUCCCCUAGGAACCGAAAAGCAUAAAAGCAGUGGACAACCAGCAGUUGUAGAAAUUCAGGAGAGGCCAGAGGAUGUAACUGAGAAGGAAAAAAACGCAUUAAGAGUUCACGUGAUGGAAAAUGACAUAAGCGGAAGUGAGGAACUCGAAUGCAACACUAGAAGCAACAUUAACAAUAUGCAAGAGGAACGAAUAUCUCCUGCGUUUCAUGAGGCCACUCACACUGCCCUUUCUUUACCACCUCGUAUGAAAAUGCAGAGUGGAUUAAAAACCAAGAUGGAUACAUCAGAAAUAGGACUUAGUUUUUCUGCAGUAAAGCCAGACGAAUUACCAGAUGACAGGAAAAUAUAUUUUUCCUUUGAGAAGAACUGUCUAGUUAAAAAACCACAAGAAGACAACAGAGAGGAAGAACAACAGGCUCCACAAGAAGCAGCUUUGCAGCUAACGCCAGGUUUCAGGUUCAGCCUACGACUACAGCAGAAGCCCACGUAUGUCCAAUUGGAACCAGGACAGAAUAGUUCAAAAGGUCGAACCACUCAAAAUAAAGACCUCGGUGUUUACCCACAAACUCUCUCUACAGAGACAACUGUGGAGACUAACCCACACCCCAUGAUGGAUCCAUUUCAAGUUGAGGUGAAGCAAAGCACAGACAGACCUACAGGCAGGGAAACUGCAGACCCAGUGCAUCCUCUCACCAUGUCCGAGAGCUUGCCAAUUUUGACUGAAUCAACAGAAUGUGGUGUCCCUUUGGGUGGAAGCCCUGAGAAGUUCCUGGAUGCUCAGACUGCAGAAGUAAAGCAGGACUUAGAAGGAGUUUUACCUGAAGUAGCCCUGGGGUCUUUCCAUAGGCAUAUGCCUCCUUUAUCAAAUUUGAAAAGGAAGAAAAUCAGAAAAAAAAAAUCAGGAACCACAAAUGUACUCGGUUUCAAAUGUGUGAUUACGAAAGUAAAAAAGCCACCAAAAUGUCACAGAAGAAGAUUAAGAAGCAAUUUCAAAAUCAUGAUUAAACUCAUACUUCAGGAUAAAUCCAUGGCAGAUAUGCUUCUGAAUGUUACUGACCCUUGUCUGUCUAUUUUGCCCCACGUUAGAAUGCACAGCAGGUUAAACAUAGGGAAUCACGGUCAUACCGAGCUAAAACAAGAGACAUCAGAAGCUGAAAGAGAAGAAGACUAUUUAGAUAUCAUUAAUAAAGGAAGUGACUCUGGAAACACAGUAGAAGCAGCUCGGUUGCAGGAGGAAGUGAGUGGGGACCAGGAAGCUUCACCAGAAGCAGUCCUUGAGGAUCGCUGGAACCUCAGAUUGGAUGAAGAUCCAGAGAAAGAGCUCAAAUCCAUGAAAGAAAUGCAACAACCAAUCACAUUUGCAGAAGUCACGGCAGAGUCUAUUCACAUGGCCACAACAGGCCCAGUUCAUGUUGAGAAUAUGGAGAAAAGCCUGAUAGCACCCACAGAUUUAAGAUGCACUGAAGAUGAUUCCGAGAUAUCUGCUCCCACAUCAGAAAAAUCACUGAUUGGAGACCCUUUAAACCAAACAAGAGAAAGUGAUGUACCAGAUGAUGGAAGUGAUACCAGGGAAACAGGUUACUGUUUUGCAGCAAUGAAGGCGGAACGACCCAAAGAUUUACCAGCAAUGUUCCCAAAGACUUUUAAUUGCCACAUGCCUGUCUUAUCUCAUUCUAAAGUGAAGAAAACUAGAGUAAGAUUUUCACACAUAGAAUGUAGAGUGAACUCCAAGUCUGUACCUAUGAAGGCACUGAAGCCAUCCAUUUCACAAAUGUGUGAUAUCACAGGUCAUCAAAGAAAGAAACUGGAAUCUGACUUUAAGGCCAAGCUCAAAAAGAUCGGCCAAGCUAAUGGACUGGAAUAUGAAUUUCUAAACACCCUUUACUCUCCUGUGCAUAGCAGGUUACCAGGAGCGAUAAAGAGCUUCUCCCAUGUUCAACCAAAGCUCCGGGGUCUAGCCGUUGAAGACAGACCACUGUAUGUUGAUUUUUUUGAUGAGAGAAAUGCACUCUGUGACAGAGAUGAAAAAGGACAAGAUGUAGAGGAAAAGGAGCAAAAGACUUUGCUAAUAACAGCUCCGCAGCAUACCCAGUACCUCUGGAUCAAUGGAUGUCGAGGAAAGGAGACUCACCUUGCUGAACCAGAUGCAGGCCUGCACCGUUUAACACAGGAGCAAGAUACACAGCACCAAACAUGCUUUAAACAAGCUGCUUUGCAGACUGAUGUCCAGAUGGGUCCUCGAGAAGCUAAGGAACUCCUGAAGACCAAGAAACCAGAAGAUGACCUAACAGCCCCUGCGGGUCUGGAGGUUCUACCUCCCGAGGCAGGGAACUCAACACCUGUGAAACUUUUGAACAUUCCAACAGAGUGUGGUGUAGCCUCUGGUGGAAAUCUUACAAGGGAACGAGGUUCUUAUUCUGUGGAUAAAAAUUCAGCGUUACCAGAAAGUUUGCAAGUGACCUUCUUGCAGUCUUCUGAUUCUGUUGACACUUUCGUUUCUAAAUCUCAAAGAAAGAAAAACACACUAAAAUUAGCAACAAAGCAAACAACAGUGAGUCGUAGAUACAGAGCUAUGAGAGAACAAAACCUAUACACUCUGUGUAUGCUCCCUGACAGGCAGAGAAAUGCAUUGCAAUGCAAUUUUCAAAUGAAGGGUUUACAGCAAAAUAAAAACACAGGAGAUAUGUGUUCACCUGUCAUUCUCUCCAGGGUGCCUGUUUGGCCCAACACCAAAAUGAGCAUCGGAUUAAAUGUGGAGACAGAUACCCAAAGGAUAACAAGGCUUGAUCAUACGCAAAUGCAAGAGAAAUCACCCAAUGAAAGAAAAGUAUGUUGCCCAGCUUCUGUGGAUAUGAGUACUUUACCUAACAGUGUGAAAGACAGGAAGGAGAAGGGGGCAGGGGAACAAGAUUUACCAAUUCCAGAGAGUGGCCAAGGCUUCAUAUUUAGUACAUAUCAGGAGCAGGAUCAUGACCUUAUCAAAUCAGAUGAGGGGCAGAAACAAAUAGGAAGUAUAAAUAUCCAUGUACAACCACAAACACAUUUUGCAGAAAGUAUUUUGAGCUCUGCUUCAUGCCCAACAUUGGAUCCAUUUCAACCGAGAAAGCUAGAGAGCAAUGCUAGGUUUUUUCCUCCAACGUCAGGAGAAGCAAAGUUUGAUGAAAAAAUAUUUUCUGCAAGAGAAGGUGGUGUUCCAUCUGAGGCAAACCAUCAAAAGGAACAAGCUGGUGGAACUGAAAAGGAAGAGAAAGUGACUUUAGAUUUCUGCAUGGCUGCUUUAUCUCUAUCCAAAGGCAAGAGAAACUUCAAACAAUAUUCAGACAUGAAAAUCUUGAUGAAUCCCAAAUAUGGAAUUUUAAAAGCAAAGAAACCACCCAUUUCACACAUGCUCAAUAUCAAGGGUGGUGCUAGACGAAAUCGCAGGAAAGAAUUGCGAUAUAACUUGAGCACCAAAAUGGGACAGGUAGGUCAGGGUACAAAAAUGGCAGAGGGCAGGGACUCCCUCCUGAACAUCAUCUCUGCCAUUAAUAGAUAUAGUGACCGAGAAGGGGAAAAAGACAUGUUAGGAGAAAAAAGACUCAGUUCCGAACAAGUAAUGCAAAAUAUACCCCCACAUGAAGGGAAUAUGACUCCAGAUCACCCCAAAGAAGGUGAUCUUCAAGAUGAAGAAAGUGAACAGGAGAUGUUACUAAAAGUAAUUCCACAGCACAGCCAACAUUUCAUACUCUGUUCAGACCAGACGAAGGAGCUUGAGCUUCACAAACCAGGAAACAAAGGAUGUGGGGAAACUCUGUUUUUUACCAAACAGGACAUCCCCCAGCGCACACCAGAUCCAGUGCAGGCGACACAGCCAAAGAGCAGCCAGCAGACACAAAACGGCACAGUGUGGUCAGCGAGUUCAAACCUUCCUCUUCUAAAGUCAAACGAAUCACUAACCGGUCAAGUUGUAAUUGAUACAAUGAAAUGUGACGUCCCAAGUGAUGAGAGCCACAUGGGAGAACUGGAUGAUCAUGGUAAAGAGGAAAAGUCAGAGUUUAAAGAAGAUCUACAAGCACCUGUCCCUGAGUCUUCAGCUACUGCCACACCUGAUCCCCCUGACCCUAAACAGGGGAGAAAGACAUUUACAUGUAGAGCCUUAAAAAGUAAAAUGAGUCCCAAGUGUGUUGUUAUGAAGGCAAGAAAGGCACCAGUGUCACAGAUAUUUAACAUCCCUGGGAAUGGCUGUCUGAAAACCCUCCCUUCAAAAGCCCUGCGAUCACAGAUCAUUGAGUUUUUGAUUGAGAUAAAAUCCUCUGGGGCGCUAGAAGAUGUUACUGCAGAGAGGAAGGAAGGAGAAGCCCAAGAAUUGCUGGCAGCAAUGCUGGAGUUCUGGGAGGCAGCCACACUUGCUUUACCUGUGUUGAAAAGAGAGAGAAACCACUCAGAACUUACAGACAAGAUAAAUAAAAUGAGUCCCAAAUGUAUCACUUUGAAGGCAAAGAAGACACCGAUUUCCAAGACAUUUAAUGUCACAAAAUGUGGUGUGCCAAGCCGUGGUAGGCAAUUUGAAGGCAAGUUCAAAACCAUGAGGAAACAAGGUCAGCCACUGGCAGUAGCCACGCCGAAGGCCACUUCCUCUCCCAUGUCGGUUUCACUGGACAUGAAGGUGCAUAACAGAACCAAAGUAGAGACAGACAUGCCGGGGAAGACGAGGUUCCAUCCUGAGCUACAACGGCAAGGGCACUGGCCAGAUGGAGGGGGAGCCUCGUGUCCCCGUUCUAGGGCCGAGAGGGAAAAGGCCAGGAAGGAACUCAAAGGCCACGGUAGAGAAGCGACGCCUCGGAAUUUCCAGCACCUCACUUCCAGUGCUCACCAUAUUAAGGAGGCUCGCUGUGUGAAAUCUGAUCUCAAACGGAAGUAUUCAGCAAGGGGAAAAAUCCCAGAAUCACUAACCAUAGCGGAGGAGCUGCAACAACGCACGUUUUUUGCACAAAGUGUCUUGCAUUCUGUGUCUUCCUCUAUUUUGAAUUCACUUCCAUCUGAGAAGGCACCAAAAAGGACAAAAACACAGAGGUCAAGGAUUUUAUCUCCAGCGACAGACAAAUCACUCGGCGAAUCUUUAGCUGUUAAAGUACCAAGUGACGUCCUGCCUGAAACAGGCCCAGCAAAGGAACCUGCUAGUUCUAGUCCAGAGGGAAAGAAAGAAUUACAAACGGAUUUACAAGGCAGAGCCCUACAGUCUUUCGGUAUCUCCAGGCCGGAUUCAUCUGAAAUUAAAGGGUUGAGAAAUGUAGCACUGAUCCCUACGUCUCCAACUGGGGAAGCCCAGAUGGCAUCAGUUUUGAAGACAACUAACACCGCUAGUCCCAGUGCCCCCAGCCAUGGAAAGGAACUGGUCUACACCUUUGAUAACAUGGCCAAAGAGUUAUCUCAGAGUAUGUCAAAUAUAUUUAUGAAUACUUCUUUUUCACCUACACCUGUUUCACCUGCCACCAAAACACAGAAAAAACGGAAAGCCAAGAAAGACCCAGUCGAAGUCAGUAUUAUACAGCUAAAACCAGAGGACAGGAAACGAGUGUGUAAAAGGUGCAGCGCCUUGGGCACCACAUCUCAGUCAGGACGGCAAAAUGAAAGAGAGGGCAAGGAAGUUGCAUUCAAAACAGAAAGUAGAAAAGAUGAAAAUAUGCUUAUUACAGAGCAAGACAUGCAGCAGCAAACACUAGUUUCAGAAAAUAUAUUGGAGUCUACCUGUUCUCCUCUGAUAAUUCCAUUUCAAACUGAAAAGGUGAAGAAGAACAUCCCACCAUAUACAAACAUACUGCAUAGAAAAAGUGAAAAGAUUUCAUGUGUAAAAAGAGAGAAAGCGAUGGUCGAUGGUCUUUUAAUUGAUGAGGCAGGGUGUAGGACUCCAUCUGCUGGGAAUCCCACAAGAAGGCUGGAUGCUUCCAGUCCAGCUCCCCUACAACCUGGAGAAGAGAAAGACAUAAAAACUCAAAAAGUAACAAAAUACGCAGCUGAUCAAAAUAUCCCACUUCCCAAGUCAGGAAUCUCAGCGCUUGGAGAUUCACCUAUUGAAAGCUGUAGAAGGAAAGUGGGUGGUUCUAUUGUCAAGAAACAUAAAGAGUUGCAAAGAGAUUUACUAACAAUAUCCACAACGUCUGUUUUGUCUGAAUCUAGAAGGCAGAAAAAAGCGCUAAAAUUUCCAGAACGGAAAGAUCUUAUGGGUCCCAGAUAUACAACCAUGAAGACAAAGAGGCCUCUUUUUUCACAGGUGCUUAAUAUCACUGAGCAUGGUCAUCAGUACUGUGAAAAGAAACAGGAAUGCUAUUUAAAGUCUGUGAUAAAAGACAGGCAACAACAUAAAUGUAUAGCUGAUGCAUUUUCAUCUCUCACACCUGUUUCAAUGGAUAACAAGAUAGAUAUUGAAAUUGAUAGCACACUCACCACAGGGACAGAUCAACCAAGAGUACAAACACACAACCACACCUGCCCAGAGCUAGAGAAAUCACUGAGUGUUGGGGAAGCAUGGGAGGCCAAUUUGAUUGAUACACAAAGCAGAUCCAGCAACACAGGGGGAGUGAGUGUGCCACAUGAGAAGGAAGAGGAAAACAUCCCAGAAAUAUCAGCAGAAUCAGUUCCACACGAGAGCCAACAUCUCCAUUUCACUUCUCAUCAUGUGAAAAAUCUUGGCCCUUGCAAAUCAAAACCUAAACUGGAUAGUUCAGAAGUUAGAAGUACUUGGGAUCUGUCUUGUGCGGCACAAAACAUGAGGCAAGAAGAACACAUUAGAAAAACUAUUUUAAAGCCUGUCUCUAAAAGCGUGAUGACUUUAAUUCGAGUCCAAACACUGAAGAAAGUUCUUCACACUCAAGAGGAAAUCCAACACAUGGCAGAUCUAAAGACCCCAUUUCCAGAAGCUAGGAAAUCAGAGACUGGUUCCUUACACUGCGAUGGUGUCUGGGAUGGAAAUCCUACGAGGAAACGAGAUAAUCCUAUUUUUAAGAAAAAGGCAAGGAGUCAGAGUGACUUACUGGGAACAGUCUUAAAGCCUUUAGGUUUCUCCAGCCUUGAUUCAUCUGAACCUGAGAUCCAGAGUCAUACAGCAGAGGCUGUAGGCGAGAAAAGCACAAUGAGUCCCAAGCAGGCAGCUCUGGAGGCAGGGACGCUACCAGCUUUACAGGAGCUUGAUAGCACGAGGUGUCUUACCGGAAACCAUAGAGAGAAAAGCCACAAACUGAAGACCAAGGCAAGAGAGAAGCGAUGGAAUGAAGGUGCGAGAGAGACAUUAUUCCAUGCCAGUGAGGGAGCUAAGAGUCCACCAACCACGUUAGUGACUGAUAAACUCUCAUUUGAUACAGCAGUGAGGGACAGUCUGGAUAACCAUGGAACACUUCACAAAAAUCUAGGUGAUUUUGUUACAGAGAAAAAGGCAGAGCUGGACAAAAACUUAGCCACAGUUCUCCUGGGGCCUUUCGAUUUAUUCAUGCCUGUUUUAUCUGACUCUGAAAGCCAGAUAAACACAGUGCAAGAGAAAAUCAUACCAAAACGCAAAUGUUCGGUGAUGAAAAAAAAGGAGCCACUCAUUUCACAGCUACUUAAAAUCAGUAGACAAUCUGCCACAAAACAGAGGACGAAAUUUAGAUCCAAGGUAGAAACCAAAAUGAAAGAGAUGCACUCAGGUAAAAAUGCAACUGAUAUGUAUACAAAUGCCACUUACUUCAAAGUGGAUACCUCCAACAUUAGAAGGCAAAGCAGAUUCCAAACAGAGGCAGACAGAAUAUCAGGGUUUAACCCUGUACAGCCAACACACACUCAGCUGCCAGUCGAAGACAGAGUGGUUUUACAGUCACGUAAUGCCACAGGUCCUGCUGCUUUAAGCAUUAACAAAGAACAGGAGAUAGACACACACACAGAGAAAGCUGUGUUAAACACAGACCUAAAAUCUACAGAUGCUUCUCCAUCUAUUCCACCACAUACAAAAAUGGAGCAGUCACCUAACACCUCGAGUAACUAUGAAGAAUCUUCUGAAAAGAGAAAUGCCCUAAAGAAAGCAAAAGGUAUGGAGGAAAAAGAGUGUGAACAACAGGUCUUGUCUGGAACACCUUCACAAUAUACCCAGUCACUUGAGUUUCUACAAAAGAAACAGCAAGAACUAUGUGUCUCAGGAAACAUCCAGAACUCUGCUUAUGCUUAUACACCUCCAUACCCCCAAAUCCUAAACCAUCAAGCUAAUGCGAAAGCAGCAGGUGUAGAAAGCACUGUGCCUACUGAACAGGUAAAAUCAAAGGCAAAGAAACCAUUUGUUUCCCUGAUGUAUAACACAGCAGGGCAUGGAACCCGAAGCCAUGAAAAGGAGACAAGGUUUAACACCAAGAAGCAGAAGCCAGGGUUCCAGCAAGAUAAAACUGAGGUAGAAUUCUCUCUGAAAACUAUCUGUGACCUUGAGUCUAUUCCACCUCAAAUUCAAGAGUUGAUGGAAGCGGAAAGGGAGAAAGGCAAGCCACCAAGGCCAGAGAAAUCGCUGAACACAAGACAAAUAGCAUUUUCACAGUCUCUUGCUAAGAGUGCCAAAUCCAGAAAUAGGAAAACCCCGGGACAGUGUAUCAGAAAGCAAGAAGAAAAUUGCCAAAUUGCUUCGCUGGACCUCUUCCCACAGUGUAGAUAUCGAUUCGUGAUGAGACAGCAACUGAAGAAGAGCCCCACCCAUGUCAAAUACACAGUAAAUUUGAAAAGAGAAGCACAUCCUGCUCAACCUUCACCAAAGAGAGCAAGCUGCUCCACCACAUUUGACAUCUCAAGAGUGAGAGUACACACACAGCGCCAGCGCCUCAUCGCCCUGGGAGUAAAGGCGGGAGACAGAGACAAGGCCCAACCUCCAGUGUCAACUCCGCAGAGGACGGAAGUAUCUGAGAAAACAGAUAUUUCUUUAAGUUCAAAAGGACAGAAUAUGUGUCUUCCAGAGUCAGGUGCUUCUCAAGAGAAGACUUGCAAGGAACAGGAUCUGCUGAAAGAAGGAAGUAAUUCAAGGACACUGGUGGAGCCUACUUUGUACUCCAUUACGGAAACCUCUCAUUUGGAAAAUACCAUUCCAAAUCAACUGGCAAGAGAUGGCUUAAGAGAAACUGAUACCUUACAAGGUUCAAAAGGACAGACAUUUCUUUGUGCAAACGCAGAAGCCCAGCAAUAUACACCUGCAGUGGAGAUAGGAGACGUGAAACCAGAUCCCAUUCCGGAACGUCUCCUGGAUUCAGCAUCUUGCCCCAGUGGGGCACUUCAUGUGAGAGAGGCAGGAAAUGCAACACGGAAAGAAAAAGUUAGCAUCCCUGUUGUUUCAGACGUCAAUCUAUGGGAAACCGAGAUGCCAAAGUUAACGAACCUUCUAUUAACAUCAAACGAACAGAAAAUAAACUGUUCCCAAAAAGGGAGGACAGAGCAGCGAAACAGUUCUAACCAGAAGAAAGGAAAUCUUCUGGAAUUCAUUUCCUCUUGCAUAUUGUAUCAACUCCAUAUUGAAAGGCGAAAGAAAGAAAUCUCAGCCAAAGGAAUGAGUUCAGCGGUUUUGAAUCCAGUGGUCCAGAAAGCAUCAAACACAGUAGAUACUCCAGUGGAUCAACCUCCGUGCUCAGGAAGAAGAAAAGGACAUCAACACGAAAGUACACACAAGGCUCUCCCAACAUCUCUUUCUCAUUCUAUGAUGAAUAUAUUUCAGAUUAAAUUGCCAGGAGUAAUGAAGGCAACAAAGGAAGUCGAUAGUCCAAGGCACCACAGUUCAAACACAGAAGGAACUGGCUUGCCUGGUGCAGGAACAGAAGAGCAACCAGAAUGCGUACAACGUAUUUGGCCAAAUCUUGCUUCUGAUCCUUCAAGAGAUAUACUAUUUCAAAGUAAGAUGCCGUAUGAAAAGACAGUAUCGGAAGAAGUAGUUAGCACUGUGGAGUAUACUCCAAGUACAGAAGGACUUGGUUCACAUAUUACAGGAAAAGGAGGCCAGCAAGAGAAAUGCAUGCCUGAGACCCUUCAGAAGUCCACAUCUCACCCCCAAGCAGGUCUCCACCAAACUAAUAUCUCAGUGCAAGAAGUAAAGUUUGAUGACACAAGUAAGAUGCAUUCCGAAUAUUCAACUCCACAGGCUAAGGAAGCAUUAAAAGGAAUGGAUGUUAUUUUUGGAUAUACACAAAAAAGUGAAAAAGGACAGAACUUACCCAGCGUGGAACAAAAGCAGCAGCACCUACUGAUUCCCUCUGAGAAUUUUCGCUCCCUGAGAAUUCCCUCUGAGCAUACAUCUUACCCUCAAAACAAUCCCUGGCUCCUGCCGCAUUUAAUGCCUCAGAAGAAAGAAGCAUUAUCCGAAGUAGGUAAUGUGUCGAGCAGGACAAAAGGAUUAGACUUGAUUUCUAAAGAACAACUAAAUACUCAACGUGAGUGUGGCCUGGAAUGGACUGUACCCUCAGCUCCUCCAACGCAAAUGACGAGACACAAUACAAGGCCACCUUUAGAAUCAUCCAGUGAAACUGCAAAAUAUCAGAAUGUCUCACUGAUAAAAGGAAAGAAAUUAUUAUAUGGGGAGCAGACAAUUGAUUCAAUAAAAAAAGUUAGCUCCCCCAAGCUAAGUGUUAGAAAGAAGGUGCCCUUACGUAAAGCAUGUCGAAAAAAACUACGAAAAGAGGUGUGUCUACCUGGAUUUUUUUCACAUUCUCUUUCUAUCCAUAUGCUUCCUUUGCCUGAAAAUAAAAGACAGAAGAAUGACCUAAAACAAGAAGUUGAGAAAGACAUGGUAUCCACCCAAAGGACUUGGGAGAAAUUGAUAUUUUCAAACAUAUUUAAUACCACUGACUGUGGUGGUCCAGGCAACAGACCAGAACUGCCGAGAAAGAUAAAAGAGAAAACGGUAAAUUUGAACCAUAGAAAGGUUAAACCUGAUUUGGUUGUGACAGAUGUAUAUGAGUCCAUCUCUUCUCUCAAACUGAAUAUAAAGACAGCUGAUGAGAUUACCUCAAAUAAUGUAAAACGAAUUAAACAACUUAUAUCUCAGAGAAAGGAGAUUAGAAUAAAGGGAGUCGAUGUGAAAGGAACAGUGGAUCCCAACGUUACCUUGAAGGCAAAGAAACCAUCACGAUCACACAUGCUCAGUGAAAAGGAAUUGCCAGGGCAGUUGAACAUUAUACAGCAAGAGAGCGAGGGCCAGAUAGGCAAAGGUAUGUCAGGUGUGAAGCUGACAAACUUGUUUGCCUCUGUACCAUCUCUGUCACCUCUUGAUUUGAAUUUAAGAACAAAAGGCGGAAGAGAUUCGUCAAGAAUACCACAGAACUGCCUUCCACCACUAAAGCUCCAGGCAACAUCAAAUAUCAGGAAAGCGUCAUUUGCAGAGUCAAUUAAUAGAGAGAGUUUAAGCAACAUAAUAGAAUCAAAACAUUGCCCACAGCAAAAGAGGGAAGACGGAGACAAUAUAGUAUAUGUGAAAGAUAAAGACUGCAAAAGGGCCACUUUUAAAAGAAAGAAAAAACUUUUCAAACACACACCGCAUGCACACGAACCGCAGUGGGACAAUAAAGAGCGAGAGGAAAUGAUACAGGAAGAUGAGAGUGAUGGAAAUGUAGUUGUGAAUAAGCCCCAUGCCUCCAUUCCAUCUUCUCACCUGGAGCAGGGUCCUGGAGUAAAAGAAGCAGCAUCACAAACAGCAUCAUGGUUCUGCCCUCCAUCACUGACCCUCCAGGAACUGUCAGAUGCAGUGAUAGCAUGUAAGGAGCCAGCUGAUGAUAUUUUAAGCAAUAUAGCAAGAUCAAGAUAUAUGUCACAGGAAAAUGAAGACAGAGUGGACACGGCUUUGAAAGAGAUAAGGCAUCCCCAAAGAAUGCCUCUGGAGGUGAACCAGUCUCCAGUUGCCCAGGAACUGCAGUUGAACAUCAAAGAAAAAGAGGAAAAGAUGCAGCAAGAUAAAGGUAAACAAGUCAGGAUUCAGAGACAGUCCUGUGUUUGCAUCUCUUCUCCACCUUACUCUGAAGUGGACACAAGAAGGGGAGGAGAAGCAGUCUUGCUAAGAAAAACAAGAUCCUGUUUUCUACAACCCAAACUCCAGGAGUCAUCAGAUAUGGGAAACGUAGCAUAUGAAAAGUCUGUUUCUGGUGAUAUCUCAAACAGGGUAAAACAAGCUAAAGAACAUGCAAUCCAGGAAGAAGAGGAGAGAGUUAACAUGGAAGAAGUCGUCCUUUCGAAGAAAAAGAAUUCACCACCAUCACAGAAAAUCCAGCUGGACGUCAAGGAGCAAAAGAAAAAGAUACAUAGAAUUCAAGGUGAACCAAGUGUGAUUUUGAUCUGUACUUCCAGACCUGCCACUUCUUUUAACUUGAACACAAGAAUAAUAGAAGCAGAUGACAGAGCUAAAGUAACAAGAUAUUCUUGUUCAGAACUACCCCACCAGAAAUCAUCAGAUGUAGUGAAAAAAGCAAAUCGAGAGUCAACUGAGAUAGAUAUCAUAAGUGAUGUACAAGCAGCAAAGGACUUUAUGCCCCAGAAAGGAGAGGAUCAAGGAGAAACAGCCAAAAUGAAUUAUAUGAGGUACUCCAAAGAAACAAGUUCCAAGGCAAAUGAGUUCCCACUUCCACACAUUCCCAGUAACCCUGGGAGCCACAGCCCCCAGACUAGAGAUAAACCAACAAACAGACGAGAAAACCUGGGUCAUGCACAGGAAAGAAAAAGUGAACUAGAUGAGGUCCUGACCGGACUUUGUCUACCUCAGUUUACAUCAAUCAAAGGCGAGAAGGAGAACCAAGGAGCUCUCAAAUCCUGUCUUCCACCGUUAUGGCGCAGGAAGUCAUCAGAUGCACAGGAGUUAAAAUAUACAGUGUCACCUCUGAGUGAGAUCUCAAGCGAUUCAAAAAGAACAAAAUACGUGACAUGGGAAGAAAAGGAUAAAGCAAAUAUUUUUGUGAGGGACCCAAUGCAUCCCAAGUCCUUAUCUCUGAAGGUAAGGAAAUCCCCGCUUUUCCGUAUGCUCGAAGCAAAGAAACUGCAAGUGAACAUUAAGGAGCAAGUGAAACGGGAGCAGAAAGGGAGAAGGGACACAGUUGUGAUUCUGAGCAAAAUCUGCCCUUUUGUCACUUCAACUCAUCUUAAAUCUGACACGAUAAAAGAAGACAAAGGUGGUCCAGUAGUCCUAAGGCACUCUGGGCCACAUCUCAAGAUCCAAGCCUCACGGCCUUCAGUACAGAAAGCACCUGUAAAGUCAACUGAUAGAAAGAAAGAAAGACAAUAUCCGCCACCAACAGAAAGGAACAGAGCGCACGCAACAGCCGUGAGAGGCGCGGUGCCUGCCAGUGGCUCAGACUUCAAGGCAAAGACGUCAUCCCCCCGUGAUGUGUUCGGUGUGGCCAAGCACGAUGCUCUGAGCAGGAGAAAGGAAGCACGCCCAAGCGCGGAGGAGAGCGCAAAACAAGGGCAGGGGCGAACAGGAGAGCCUGGUGUGACUCCAACAAAAACCCCUCCUGCCUUGCCUUCUCCAUCAGACCGUGGACUGGAUGCAGGAAUCAAAGACGACAAACACUCACCUGCAGUCACGGCAUUCUCUCCACCCUUUCAGCUCCUUGAGUCAUCGGGUGCAGGGAAAAUCAGGCACGCAGAUUUCAGUCAAGGUAUUAGCUCGUGUAAUAUAACAGUAAGAGCUAACGGACGUGUGUCGUAUACAGAGACAGAGAUCAGAGUAAAAAGAAAAGAUGAGAAAGAUAGAAAACACCCCAAAAUCACAGCUGUGGAAGCCCAAACAUCCCCACUUACACAUUUACUCAGUAGAAACAGACUGCCUUUGAAUGUCAAAGAGCGAGGGAAGGAAAUGCAGGAUGGCAAUGGUGAGCUGGGAAUGGUUCUGAGGGAAACUCGUGCCUCCUUACCUUCUCCAUCUUCCCUGAGACAAGACACUAGCAGAAAUGAAAGGAAAGAUGCAGAAAGAAUAACGCAAUCCUGUUUUCCACCACUGAAGAUUUUUGAUCCACUCAACCUAAACACAAAAGCAGAUGCUAAGUCAUUUGAUGGUUAUUUGUUAAAAAACAAAGUUAGACUCAAAACAGAUAAUGAAGACAGAGUGCUUCCAAUAUCUGUGCAUCGAAAGGCAACAGAAUUACCACUUUCACACAGAUGUGAUACCAAAGAAUCACAGUGCAAAAUGAAAACGCCAAAGAAAAUGGUACAGAGAGAGGACAGUGAACUAGCUACAAGACUGAAAAACAUCUGUACUUCUUUGCUGACUCUACCGUAUCUUAAAUCUGAUACACCAGAAGGAGAGAGGUACGUGAUAAGAAUCACAAAAUUGCCUCCCCCACAAGCAGAAUCACCUAUUGUACUUACACACAACCUAACUGACCUUCAGGGAAAAACUAAAGGGAAGGUUUGGGAAGAUAAACCGGAGCCAGGUGAUGCCAUGCACACUGAGACCUGUGCUUCUCUCUCUUCUUCUCUUCGCCUUGAUGAAAACACCAGCAUAAGAGAAGAGGGCAUGUCAAUGUUACCAAGAUCCUCUUUGCCCCCAGUAAACUUCCAGAAAUCAUCAAGUUCUGAGGAAGUGAUACAUGUAGAGUCAAUGGCGAGUGAUACUGUCAUUAGUCCCCACAAAGAAAAAUAUUUGCCCCGGAACGAGAAAGAGGACGGAGUAGAAAGAAGAAACUUUGUGUCUCCCAAACACCAACGAAAGGAGAUGCAGGAAAGUAAAGAUGAACCAGGUAUGGUUCUGACCAAAUUUUCUACUUCAUCCCCAUCUCUCUCUGCCCUCAAAUUGGAUAAAGCAGUACAAGUGGAUGAUGAAACGCUAGCACGUACAAGGUCUAUUUUGCAGAGAGUAUCAUUUGGAGGGAAAUUAUAUACAGACACAACUAGUGGUGAUACCACGGAAGAGGCUCAAACCCUGACCAAAUCUUCUACUUCAUCACCAUUUCUCCCUGCCCUCAAGUUGGAUAUAGAAGUCCAAGUCAAUGAUGAAAUGCUAGCAUGUAGAGAAUCUGCUCUGGGGAGAAUGUCAUAUGCAAGAGAAGCAGUACAUACAGAGAUAAUUAGUGGUAAUACUGUGAAAUAUGCUCAAAACCGGACCAAAAUUUCUACCUCAUCACCACCUCUCCCAACCCUCAAAUUGGAUAAAGAAGUACAAGUUAAUGAUGAAAUGCUAGCACAUACAAGGUCUACCUUGAGGAGAAUUUCAUAUGCAAAGGAGAUAGUACACAGAGAUUCAAUUAGUAGUGACAUCACAGUUCAGUUCAGCUCAGUUUCAAAAGAUGGUCAAAACCUCACCAAAUUUUCAGCUUCAUCACCAUAUCGCUCUGCCCCCAGAUUGGAUAAAGAAGUUCAAGUCAAUGACGAAAUGCUAGCACUCUUUAGAAGGUCUGUGCUGGGGAGAGUAGCAUAUGCAGGGGAAAUAGUACACAGAGAUUCAAUUAGUGGUGAUACCAUGAAAGAUGGUCAAAACCUGACCAAAAUUUCUACUUCAUCACCAUUUCUCCCCACCUUCCAAUUGGAUAAAGAAGUACAAGUUGAUGACGAAAUGCUAGCACAUAGAAGGUCUGUCUUGGGAAGACUGUCAUAUGCAGGGGAAAGAGGACAUACAGAUUCAAUUAGUGGUGAUAUCACAAAAAGUGACCAAAACUUGACCAAAUUUUCUGCUUCAUUACUGUCUCUUCCUGCCCACAAAUUGGAUAAAGAAGUUCAAGUUGAUGGCGAAAUGCUAGCAUGUAGAAGGUCUGUCUUGGGAAGACUCUCAUAUGUAGGGGAAAUAGCAUAUACAGAUUCAAUUAGUGGUGAUAUCACAAAAAAUGAUCAAAACUUGAGCAAAUUUUCUGCUUUGUCACCAUCUUUAUCUGCCCACAAACUGGAUAAAGAAGUUCAAGUCAAUGACGAAAUGCUAGCACGUAGAAGGUCUGUCUUGGGAAGACUCUCAUAUACAGGGGAAAUAGCACAUACAGAUUCAGUUAGUGAUGAUAUCACAAAAGUUGGUCAAAACCUGACCAAAUUUUCUGCUUCAUCACCAUAUCUCUCUGCCUUCAAAUUGGAUAAAGAAGUUCAAGUCAAUGAUGAAAUGCUAGCACGUAGAAUGUCUGCCUUGGGGAGAAUUUCAUAUGCAGGGGAAACAGUACAUACAGAGACAAUGAGUGGUAAUACCACGAAAGAUGUUCAAAACCUGACUAAAUUUUCUACCUCAUCACCAUCUCUUCCUGCCCUCAAACUGGAUAAAGAAGUACAAGUUGACGAUGAAAUGCUAGCACGUAGAAGGUCUGCCUUGGGGAGAACUUCAUAUGCAUGGGAAAUAGUCCAUAGGGGUUCAAUUCAUGGUGAUACCACAAAAGAUGGUCAAAACCUGACCAAAUUUUCUGCUUCAUCACCAUAUCUCUCUGCCCUCAAGCUGGAUAAAGAAGUACAAGUUGAUGAGGAAAUGCUAGCACAUAGAAGGUCUGCUUUGGGGAGAAUAUCAAAGGCAGGGCAAAUGAUACAUACAUAUUCAAUUAGUGGUGAUUCCAGGAAAGAUGUUCAAAAUGAGGAACAACCUAUUCCUGAGAAAGAAGAGAGGGACAGAGAAAAAUCAGUAGAUAGGAGAGGUGUGACGCACACCAAAUAUAUAAUUUUGAAGUCCAAGAAAUCGCCUUCUUCAUAUCCACUCCACAGAUCAGAAUUGUAUCUGAACCUUGGAGGGACAGAGCAAAAGAAACAGGAAACUCGAGGUAAACCACCUGGUAAGAUGGUAAGGAAUAUUUAUCUUGCCACACCUCCAACUAAACUGAAAUUGGACAAAGGCACACAAGUAGAUGAAGGAAAGCUUGGAAUUAAGAAACCCUCUCUACUUCCACGAAUGAUUUCAGCAUUAUCAGAUGCAAAGAAGAGAACAGAUACAAAGGGAAUCAGCGGUGAUGUAAUAAAAAGAAAACAAUGCAUGUCAGAGAAAGAAAAAAAGCUUGAUGUGAAACAUGUAGAUAUGAGGCUACGGACCCAUCACAAAAAAUCAGCGAUUUCACCAAUUCCAGAUGUCCUUAGUACAAAGAAAUUUGUGUUGAAUGUUAUUAAAGAGCCAGGGGAAAAAGUACACAAAGAUAAAGAUGAACCAAGUAUGGUCCUGACAAGGACUUUUCUUUCUAUCCCUUCUGCACCUCUUUAUUUAGAUUUAGGGAGCAAAACAGACAAAGACACACCAGAAAUCACAGGAUCCUCUGGUUCACAGCAACAUCUCCAGGAAACAUCAGAUACCCAGAAAACAGCAAUGAGAGAAUCAGCUGCUGGUGAGAAGAAAACAGUUAAAAAUGCAGAAUGCUCAGUGCCAGAAGACGCCAUGCAACAGUGGACAUCAAACUUUGUGAUCAGUGUACGGCAAAGGAGGGAACCUCUGCAAGUCAAAUCUGAAGGAGAUGUGAGUCGGUUACUUUCAAAUUCACAGCAGGAGGACUUUUAUGUCACAGGGUAUGGUACUAUAAAAAGUGGGAAAAGGCUAGAAUGUUUCUUUGCAGGGUCAGAGGCUCAGCAAGAAAAAUACAAACCAGAAACUUUGGCUACAAUUCUUUCCUUCCCCAUGAUGGAUCUCACUAAAAUUGAAAGUCUGAAGAAAGAAACGGAAAUAGUGAAUAACUUAAACCAUAAGGUAAGUCCUCACGUUCUGGUUUCACUGCCAAGGAAAUUAUCCAAGGAAAUAUAUGCCACACUCGGCUCCCCUGUCAGUUCAGAAGAAUUUUCUGCUUCCAAGCAAGAUGUCCACCACCAACAAGAAGCUUUAUCACAAGCAUCUCCAGCAUCUACAGAUCUGUGUAAACUGGAUAAGCCAGAAGAAGAUGGACAAAACAAUGGAAAAACAAAGGAAAUGUCCCCUCCCAAUGUGUUAGCACCACAGAUAAAGGAACCCCUUGAGGAAAUGAAUCUCACAGAGUCAGAUGCACUCCACAAUGCAGAUCAAGAAAUUGUCAUGAAAAAGCAAGUGGUGCUGCAGUCUGGGAGUGGACAAAAGACCAGAGUGGAUUCUCGUCUUUCUCUGAAAAUUCCACUGCAACAUGUAAAGCAAAGGACAUCAUUGGAAAUAGAUGUGCGCAAGCAAACUACAGUGUGCCCUGGAAUACAAACGCUCCCGGGAAUACGAACGGGUAUGACAGAGUUUGAUGCCCAAAGAAGGAAAAAGGAGCAGACAUUGCUUGUUCCAGAUAAAGAGGCACAGAGUCUAGAAGUGCUUCAGAAGUCUGUUUCCUCCUGGACUUUUCCACUUCAAUCUGGAGAUGUGGCGGGGGAAGACGAAACUGACACUGGCUCUACUGGAAAUCUGGAGCAAAAAAAGUUAGAAAUGAAAGAAGGGAUAUUAAGAAUAGAUACAAACAUAGCUGUCCGUCUAGAAGAGGACAGAAUAGAAAUGCACAAACACACCAUUGUUAAUCUGGAGGAGGAGACAAUAAAAAUGGACACAAGCAAUACCGUAAACCUAAACACAGCAUCUCUAAAGGCAGAGGAGCCUCAGAUUAAGACUCAGGUAAUCACUCCCAUGGCAAACAGAUGCCCAAUCAAGCAAAAACAGAAAAGGGAACGAGAAGUGUCCAGUGCAAAACAUAACAUUCAACUACAAAAAAUGCUUCAAAAACAUGCUCUGGAUUCAUUUUAUGCCUAUAUUCCUCUUUCUCCCAAAUUAGGAGGCCAGAAAGGCAGAUUAACAAUAGCAGACUUGAAAAGAGAAUUGGGCCCCAAACAUUUAAAUAUGAAAAUCCGAAAACAUCCAAUUUCACAGAUUCUAGGCAACACGGGACGAGGUACUCCAAGCAAUCGAAAGAAAUUAGAGUAUAACUUUAACAAAUCAAAGAAAAUAGCUUUGAGAAGAGGAGAUGCCUCAGAAAUAUUUAUCAGAAGUCUUUCUAUUUCCACAGUGAGUCCAUCUCAGACUAAAGACCCAGUAAAAUCUCAGACAAACCUAGAAAGUGCAAAGAGAACCCGUAUUUCAGAAUUCCAGAAGAAAUCACCAAAUACUAGUGAAACUAUGAAGAGGGACAGUUCAAGCAUUGUGAAAGAAGGGAACCAGAAUUUUACAAACACAAUUCCACAGGAUUCCCAGCCCUUCAUGGUAGACAAACAACAAACACGCAAACUUCCUAACACCAAAUCAGAAGCAAACCUCAGCAGAGAAAUAAAUAAAAAUUUAGCUCCACAAACAAACGAAAGGGUUGUUCCAGGCCAGGAUAUCUCUAGGAUCAUAAAAGAACGUGACGUGCUUAUGAUCAAACAAGAAAAGGCACCAAAACCCACUGAAACACCCACAGAGUGUCUAAUCAUGUCUAAAGAUCCAAAGGAAAUCGAUCAUAGGGAUCAGAGUGAACUUGUACAGGACACAGCCAUGCAAAAGGUCCAGCAACAAGAAACUUCUCUAGGAACUGUGCCUAUUCAACCACAAGCUAAAGGUAAUGAAAGAAAACCAGUGGGAUAUAGUCCAAGUGCAGGAAUUAUGAUUCCUAUUUGUGAAGCAAUUAAAAAUGUUCUUGAAUCCCAGAUAAAAAACAUAAUUCAAAACACGUUUUUUCCUAAAAACUUUGAAAAAGCAAAAGACAAUAAACCUGUUGAUUGGAAGUCACAAUGUCUCACAAGGGGUCCAAGUACACUAUCCAUGACAAUACAUCCUGAAUUGCAGCCAAAACCUAUUCUAGAAAAUUUUACUUGCAAAGAAAAAGUUAAGCUCACAAAUCAUUUAGAGUCGAAAGCACCUGAAAUAAGACUGAAUUUGAUACCAGAGGUGGUAAAACAAUCCUUCCAAAGGUUCAGCUUUUAUCAAAACUUGGCUGUUUCAAAACAUAACAGUUGGAAGCUCUACCCAAGACAUAAACAAAUGUUCUUUUUGCCUCUGGAAGGGAUUGAUACUAUAGAAUUUAACCUAAAACACGAAUCCGAAAAAGACUCACUUCCUGUCAAUUGUAUGAAGUCACUGAUGGUUAAUGUUUCAAGAGGUAGUGAAGAGGCAGUGAACAUUACAAAGUUAAAGAGGAUGAAAGCGCUAGAAAGUGGAGCACCUUCACUGACUUCCGCUAGAGAGAAAACAUUGCCUCAUAUUCUCCAGAACUGCUCAGUAGGAGAGAAAAACAAACUCCUCAUACACUUUUCUAAGAAGACACUGGAGAUUCAAAUGAAAGCCUUUCCCAGAAUUGUAAGGGACUCUUACACAAUGGCCAGUGCUCAGGAUGGACGGAAACCUUUAUCUAAAUGUGUUCAUUCUGUGGUCAAAGUACCAAAACGAAGAAACAGAGUUUUGUUACUCUUUGAGGAAGACUCUCUUCAUCAAAUAGAUCUUGAUUUACAAUACAAAUACCUCCGUUUUCUCCUGGGUUCUCCAGUUGCAAGGAUGUUCCCUAACCCAAUUGUAUUUCCCAAACAUAGUCUGAAAUUACAGACAGUUGCAAUAUGUAAAAAAGUAGAUAGCAGUGGGGAAAGUGGCGGUCAUUCCAUUAAUACACAACCAUUAGAACAUAUCCCUUUCAAAACACAAAGUUUCCAUGAAAACUCAUCAUUAGUCAGAAAUUUCUUGGCACCUACCCAGGUGUGUGCCCCUGACCCUGAUCAACACAGCACAGUGCAGAAAGAUACCAUGGCUCUUUCUAAGUUAAAAUCUCAUGUGACUCCAGAAAAAGAUAAACAAUGUCAUGUAUGGUUUCAAGAAACAAGUACAUAUGAAUCUGUUGAUUUAAUGAUUCAGAAAAAGGCUCAGGAUGCAGGCGGUUCCCAUUCAAUUCAGAAUUCUGAAGAUUUUACUGACAGUCAGACAGAUAUUGAGAAUUCAGAUAACUUGGAGGAAUGCUCAGCUCAUGAUGUACAUGAGAGUGAAGACUGUAUCUUUUUAGAUGCCACCCCUUAUUUAAGGCAGGAAGCGGAGACUAUUCUAUUUGAAUUACAGAAAGGCAUACCUGUGGAAAAUCUCUACAAGAGGAAGAAAGUCAAAAUGGGUUUGAAACCACUUUACAGUGAAGAUUCGGGUUCCCAGCAUCUUCGAGGUCAUCGACAACAUUCGUCAAUUGUGACACCCCAUUCUUACGAAUCCCAUAAAAGCAGGAUGAACAGAAAACGUGGGUGGUCCUCCAAAAUGCGGCCCCCUGACCCGUGGUGUCACAGCUCCUUGAAUACCGUUGAGGUUCCAUCUGUAUCCUCUUCCAUCUCUUUCAAUGGGGAGACGCUUUCACAGACUACAGUAAGCGGGAAAAAUUCUUUAGUUCCCUUAACAGAAUCCAAUAUUAAAUUACAUCUUGCAAAAAGCCAAGGCAAACCUCACAGGCAUUCAGAAAGCAGAGAAAGAAGGAAGGCCAAAUUGGACUUCUUUAGAAAGAACAGCAUGCCUUGGGAAUGUGAUGACAGUUAUACAAAGAGUAAAGAGAAACACACAAGAAGAAAGGAUGAGAGGGCUUAUGCAUCAGAAAGACCAGAUUAUUUCCCAAGUAAAUACAAAUCAUCAGCAAAACCUCAUCAAGAGGAUAUCAGCUUCCAUUCUGAAAAAAAACAAAACCAGCCAUUUUUUUAUGCCUGUAUACCAGCAGACUCGCUGGAGAUUAUACCCCAAACCAUUCGCUGGACUAUUCCCCCAAAAACUUUACGGAAGAGAAACUUCAGAGUUCCCCUGGUGGCCAAGAUUUCAACUUCUUACAGCAUAUGGAACUCAUCCAAAAAGUUGUUGGAAUCACUGUUAGAGUCCUUCAGCUUACUUCAUUAAAAAUGUUAGCAUUUCAAGAUUCAUCUCCAGAGGACAGCUGGUUGCUAAGAUGAUAUUCUUUGCAAAAUAAAAUCGUAUUCAGUCA